AUGACAUUUUUCACACAAUUCUCAUCACCAACAACAAUCAACACACUUGUCUCUAAUUUUUCUAAUGCCAACUGUCAUCCACUAUUGAUUAAUCUAACAAGAGAGAAUCCAUCUCUAUUCAGAGAAAAUGUAACAUCCAAUGAUUCAUUUGAAUAUGGACUAUGUCCUGAAACUCUAAUAGCUCUCAUUUUGACAAGUUGUAUCUUGUUCAUUUAUUUAAUUACUUUUAUUGUGAGUUUAGUUGGAGUUUUAUGGGAGAGAAGAAAUCAACACAUUCAAGCAAGAAGUUUCUCUCUCAUGUUGGCAAAUAUGAUUUCUAAUUUAAUUCUUGUAUUGUUGGUCACAUUGAGAAUAAUUGUUAGCAAAAAGUAUUAUCCAUGUUUUAUAUUGUCCAUCACUUUCAUGUUAUAUCCUCCAUUAUUGACAUUACCUUCCAUUUUGAGAGGAUGUCGAUUAUACUUUCUCUACUUGUUGAAUUUGAAAAAGAAGAAAUUAUUUGGACAUGAGCAUCAUUCUACAUCAUUAGAGUCGAUAUUUAAUAUUGAAAUGUCAAGUAGUAAUAAUGUAUCGAGAAGAUCAUCAAAUACUGAAACUAUUGCUAGCUCAACACUUUCAACGAAUGAAUUUAUUAUUGGAAAAGAAACUAAUCUUGAUGAAAUUCUAUCUAAAAAGGAUAGAAUGAUAUUGAGAUUAUAUGAAUUUCUAUCAAGUAACAAAUUUAUUAUUACAUGUUACAUUCUUGCCUUUAUUGUUCAUUUAAUUUUAUGGUCAAUUCUUGGUGGUAUUGAGCUAAGUGUUUAUGAUUCUACUCAAUCUUGGGUAUUUAUGGAAAGUGGAUUUUUUGAAGCAAUACAUGGUUGUAAUAUCAAAUCUAAUAUUUUAAUUGUAAUUGGAGUUCAAUCUGUCUUUUAUUUAAUUUCAGUUUUUGUAAUUAUUGUAUUAUGUAUAUUAUCAGAUAGAGAUACUUUUAAUAUUAAGAGAGAGGAAUUGAUUUCUGUUAUAAUUUUAACAGUUUGUGCUAUAAUUUAUACAAUUCUUGGUUCUAUUCCAGCAAUUACAACUCUAGUUGACUAUUUUAUACCCUAUGUGCUACUAUUUGUAUUAUAUGCAUGGUUAGAAUGUAUUAUUUGUGUUAUUUUACCUGUUUUCUAUUCUAUUAGAAAUAGAAUGAGAAACCAAAAAGACAAUUCUAAUGUUGAUAAUUUCAUUCUUUUAUUAUUGAAAGAUAAGAAAGCACAUGAUGAUUACUGA